UUUCAUACUUUUUCAGGUCAUUCUAAACAUUAUACUAUAGUAUAUGUAUUUUAAUGCUAUAUCAGGUCAUUCUAAACAUUAUACUAUAGUAUGUGUAGGGGUUUCCUAUUCAGCUUCCAUUAAUCUUUUAACAAAUUAAAGGACCUGUUACUUCUGUACAAUGGCUUUAAAGUAAAUUAUCAUUUGACUUCUCUCAUUCUACAGACGAAAAAUGAAUUUAAACUUCAAAUGCAAAUGCUAUUUUGCCAGUGGAAAUAUGAAACACAGACCCAGCUAUAUGCAGUUUGCUGAAAUGAAAAACAUGCAGAUGCAACUUUUCAAUCUGCAACAGGAAGUCACAAAAGUCCAAGCCAUUGGAGAUGACUCCCAGGUGGGAGGGGCUCAACCCCUGUGCUCCGCUGAUUUGCCUCCAGAUAAGAUGGAAACGCUGCAACCGGAUGUACUGAUUGGCUCUGAACUACAGGAAACACACAACAUGUCCCAUAUCGCUCCAUCCACAUUGAUGAGAAGUGCAACCUCCACGGAUAGUGGCCCGGCACCCCUGGUGUCGAGCCUGACGAACUACUGUUGGGACCUCUCCUGCCACAGGGUGUGCUCUUCUAAGACUCUGCUCCAAUUCACGAUCGGUCCCGUGAGCUUGACACACCCCGUGUACAUCUGUGAGAGUGGAGCCAUGCCUUUGCUCAUUGGCAUCGAUGUUUUGAAGUGCUUUGAUGCUUUUAUCGAUAUUGGGGAACUGAAGGUAGGUGUUAGAAAACCUCUGCCAUUCACUCCACCUUCUUUCCCCGACUCACGCUGCCUUGCGGUAGGUGAUUCUGAGCAUGGGGGAACCGCAUGCUCACUGCCGAGCUCAAAGCCAUCAGAGACUCCCUCUGAUGUUUUUUCUCAGAUUGAACAGGUCGUGGACCAAGCAGAUGCUCUUACCAACCAUGUCGAGCGAGACAAACACUGACAACUUUUGUUAAAAUACAAAGAUUUUCUUUCACUCGACUCCUUGGACUGUGAUCUAACCACUAUCCAUGAGGUCAGGAUUCCUACACUGCCACAUGCUGCGCCGAAUAUUGUGCGUCCAUACAAGAUUCCCCUGGCAUCCAACGGGCCAGUCCAGGAAAUCAUUGAAAGCGUCGUGACUAAAGGGAUCAUCCGACCCUGCAACAGCACCUACUCGGCUCCAUUGUGGCCAGUAAAGAAGCCUAAUGGUAAGUGGCGACUAACCAUUUACUACAGGCAACUCAACAAACAGGUUCCCUUGUCUAGGUAGCCGAUGGCGUGCCUGGAACAAGAACUCUCAAAAGUGAAAUACGCUAAAUACUUCUCCACCCUUGACAUUGCGUCUGGAUUCUGGACAAUUCCUGUCCAUAAAUCGGACCAACACAAACUAGCCUUCUCCUUUGCCAACUGCCAGUACACCUUAACUCGGUGUCCUUUUGGUUAUUCCAACUCACCAGCUGAGUUCAACAUCUUCUUGGACAAAGCCUGCCCUGAUGCUCGAGAGCGAGGUACCCUCAUCUAUGUCGACGACAAUCUUGUUCGUAAUCGUACCUUGGAUGAUAAACAUAUGUGUAUUUUAAAACUAUUUCAGGUCAGUCUAAACAUUAUAUUAUCGAAUGUGUAUUUGUAAUGGUUUUUCUGGUCAUUCUAAACGUUCUACUAUAGUAUAU